AUGUAUGCCAUGUCGCAAUCGCAAUAUGCCUACGCGGCCUCCCCUCCGCAGCCAAGGCAAUAUUCUGGCCACGGCACCAGCAGUGCUUUCAGCAGUUCCGCCAACCCUGACGAGGACUGGACGAAGAUAUCUGACCUUGCCGAGCGUCGACGGAUACAGAACCGCAUCGCGCAACGCAACUAUCGCAAGAAGCUCAAGAGGCGCCUGGAAGAUCUUGAAAGACGUGCUGGGGAGGAUGGCAACUCAAGCUCCGAAAAGACAACACAACCUAAAGGCACCACCUCCAAGCGCUCCCAGUCUGCUUCAACCAAAUCACACAAGAAUGCGCCGGAAAGACAGCUCAUCCAGAGGCAAUUUACGCCGCCGAUGAACCACGAGGACGAACUACUGUUUCCCCCAUUCGACGACGUUCGUGAGAGAUCCCACACACCCCCUCUCUUCCCGUACUCUUCGUAUCCUCCUCCCGAUGAACUUAUCAUGGCGCCAUCGUAUUCUGUUGGACAGUCUUAUCCCCCACCAGUCACCACCGCAGAAAUGUACUCGAGCUACAUAUCGGCAUCAGUCCCUGUCACCCUUCCGCCAAUGAAUCACUUCAACGACGCCGUCAAGCGAGAAUCGUACCCAAGCGAUGACGGCUAUUCAUACAUAAACUACGGCUACAUCCCGGGCAUAGAGAUGACACCCGCCCACUCCUACGACCAGGCCGAUCCCCAUACGCCACCUCUCUCACACUCGUUUGACCACUCGGCGAACUGUUCCGAAUCUGGCUACGAGUAUCCUACAACUCCACUGUCCAUGCCCGGCUCACCUGGUAUGGUUCACCAGCAGUGA